GUGAUGGUUGUGUUGCUAUUGGUGAUUCAUUUUGCUGACCGCAAAAAAAUGAGAUUUUUUUUUUUUAGUCAUAAAAAAACAUGACCUGAUUCAUUUGUUUGCACUCAAAAUAUUACUUGGCAAUAUGAAUGUUUAGUGAUGAUGAACAACUUGUCCACCAAUCACCAUAAUAAUUGGUUUUGAAUUUUUAUUUUUCAUCAUCAUCAAUUGAUCCAAAAAGUAAACAAUAAAUAAAAGUGAUAUGAUUGCGAUAAAUUUGUUUCGAAAAUUUUCAACCAUCAUUCAUCAUCAUCAUCAUCAUUGUUAUUUGAAUAUUGUAUUGAUCAUUAUUUUUACAAAUUGUUUGUCCAAUCUGAUAUUGUUUGUAUGUUCACAUAAUCCUAAUGAUAAUGGUAAAAUUGAUUGCCUAGUCAACAUGACCAUUGGUUAUUCGGAUCCUAAAAAUGUCUAUCAAUGUCGUCAUCCAAUGAAUUGUUGUUUUGAAUAUACAAAACCAUCUUGUUGUGGCCGUAAACCAUCCAUACAGAUCAUUAAAGAACAAUUAACAUUAUGGGGUGGAUUAUUUGCAAUACUAUUCUGUUUAGCAUCAAUUGUUUAUUGUCGAAAAAAAGAUGUCAAUUUACCGGCAUGUACUGUAUUUAAAAAUUUUCUAGUUCGUUUAUGUUGUGGUAACAAUAAUAGCGGCAAUAAUGAUGAUGAUGAUGAUGAUAAUGUAGGAAAUCAAUCAACAAAAACGAUAAUGCGAAAACAACGGAAUUCAACUUUAAACUAUGAAGACGAUGAUGAUGAUGAUAAUAAUAAUUACGGACAAGAGAUGAAAUCAAAUAAUAAUAAUGAUAAUUAUGGCCAAUCAAAGCAGAAAAAGCAUCAUCAUUUCAAUAAUAAAAAUGAUUCUGUUGUCAUUAAAACACAACCAUCAAUGAUGAAUAAUAAUAAUAAUCAUCAUGAACCGCAUCAAUCGCAACAAACAAACAAUGUUAUUAAAAAUCAACAGCAAACACCUUCAUCAUUAUUAUGGUAUCAUCAUCGUAAUCAUACAAAAAUCAAUCCAUUACCUCAACAUUAUCAGACGUUCACACAACCAUCAUCAUCAUCAUCAUCAUCAAUGAUACAAAUGAGCCAAGUAUGAUGACCUAUUAUUAUUGCAAUCAAAAUAUAUAGAACAAACAAACGAUUAAUGAUAUGGAUUUCAAUGUGUUAAUCAAAUUGACUUGAAAGAACAAAAAUAAAAAAAAAUUUCAAUCAAAUGUAAAAUUUAGAUUAUCGUUUGUUGUUUGUUGGAAACAAAAAUGAACAAAAAUUAAAUCGACCAUAAUCGAUUGUCGAUUGUUCGUUGUCUGCAAUCCAACCCAAUUUGUCUAUUUGAACGUCAUCAUCAUCAUCAUGCUGUUUAUAUUUGAUCCUUUGGAAAUAAUUUUUUUUGAUUUUGAUUUUGCUUGUAAAUCCGAAUUAAUCAUUCGAAUUUUUUUUUA